AUGGUUAAAACAAGUUCAAAAAAAAGCUCAUUGACAAGCUCGCUAGAUAACAAAAUCGUUGAUCUUAUCUAUCGUCUAUUGGAAGAAAAAACUUUGGACAGAAAAAGAUCUCUGAGACAAGAAAGCCAAGUGGAACAAAGCGAGAAUGAUGGGGAUAAAGAAAAUGAAGAUGUCUUUGAAUCGAUGUUUUUUGCUAAAGAUUUAACAGCAGGCGAGAUUUUUACUUUUUGUUUAACUAAAGAUCUAUCACUUCAGAGGGUUAAAAAAGUUGUCUUACAAAAGACAAUCGACCGAAUGCUCAAAGAUGUCAUUGAAUCAGAAUUAGAAGAAUUCGGAUCUUAUUCAGGUUACAACAAAGCGGAGGAAGAGAAGGCAAGUUUGGAAGAAGAGCUAGCUAAAAAGAACAUGAUGCUUGAUCAGGACACGAAUGAGAUGAAUAAACGUAUAACUAGCAUGUGGUCCAAACCAGGACUAGCUACAGAGCCUAUAACAGAUGGAGACAGUCCUAAAUCAGAAGACCUAAAAAAAUCAAAGAAAAGGUCCAAAGAAGGUACGUGUAAAGUAAAACGCCAAAAAAUUAAGGAAGAUAGAUCUCCUCCCAAUUCGUCUUUAAAGUCUUUAGGGGGCAUGGAUGAUGUCGUUGCACAACUUAUGGAACUCAUAGGUCUCCCCAUUCUUCACCCAGAAAUAUUCUUAUCUACAGGGGUAGAACCACCUAGAGGUGUUUUGCUGCACGGCCCACCUGGUUGUGGUAAGACAUCCAUUGCUAAUGCACUGGCUGGAGAGUUAAAAGUUCCCUUUAUAUCUAUUUCUGCUCCUUCGGUUGUUAGUGGAAUGUCUGGGGAAAGUGAAAAAAAAAUUAGGGAUUUGUUCGAUGAAGCCAAGAGCUUGGCACCAUGUCUUGUCUUCUUUGAUGAAAUAGAUGCCAUUACACCUAAACGUGAUGGUGGCGCCCAAAGAGAAAUGGAAAAAAGAAUAGUAGCUCAAUUAUUGACCUCAAUGGAUGAACUAACAAUGGAGAAAACAAAUGGAAAACCUGUAAUUAUCAUAGGUGCCACUAAUAGGCCUGAUUCUUUGGACGCAGCAUUAAGAAGAGCAGGUAGAUUUGAUAGAGAGAUAUGUUUGAAUGUGCCCAAUGAAGUCUCAAGGUUACAUAUUUUAAAGAAAAUGUCAAAUAACUUAAAAAUUGAUGGUAUAAUCGAUUUCGCCAAGUUGGCAAAGUUAACUCCAGGAUUUGUCGGUGCUGAUUUAAAGGCUUUAGUCACAGCCGCUGGUACGUGUGCUAUUAAAAGGAUCUUUCAAACAUAUGCUAAUAUUCAAUCCCCCACAAGUACAACGGUGGAUAGUUUGGAGGAUAAGAUGGAAAUUGAUGAAGCUGCAAACGAAGAUGAAUCUAGCCUGAAAAAUACUGCGAACAUAAUCGACCCUUUACCUUUGUCUGUAGUCCAACAGUUUAUUCACAACUAUCCUGAACCUUUAUCAGAUGAAAAGUUAUCUUUAUUAUCCAUUAAGUAUGAAGACUUCUUGAAAGCAUUGCCAACUAUUCAACCAACAGCAAAGAGGGAAGGGUUUGCUACUGUUCCAGACGUCACUUGGGCAAAUGUUGGUGCAUUACAAAGAGUUAGAAUUGAAUUAAAUAUGGCCAUCGUUCAACCUAUUAAGCGACCUGAACUUUAUGAAAAGGUGGGGAUUAGCGCUCCUGGCGGUGUUCUACUAUGGGGCCCACCGGGCUGUGGUAAAACUUUACUAGCUAAAGCUGUCGCUAAUGAAUCUCGUGCAAAUUUUAUAUCCAUUAAAGGCCCCGAAUUGUUAAACAAAUAUGUUGGUGAAUCAGAAAGAUCCAUCAGACAAGUUUUUACUAGAGCAAGAGCGUCCGUACCGUGUGUCAUUUUCUUUGAUGAACUGGAUGCCCUGGUACCAAGAAGGGACACUUCUUUAUCCGAAUCUUCUUCGAGGGUCGUCAACACCCUGUUAACUGAAUUGGAUGGGCUGAAUGAUAGAAGAGGUAUUUUCGUAAUCGGUGCUACUAAUAGACCAGAUAUGAUAGAUCCUGCUAUGCUAAGACCUGGUAGGUUGGACAAAACUUUAUUUAUUGAAUUACCCAAUACAGAAGAAAAACUAGAUAUUAUCAAGACUUUGACCAAAUCACAUGGAACACCAUUGAGUAGUGAUGUUGAUUUCGAGAAAAUAAUUACAAAUGAAAAGUGUAACAACUUCUCAGGUGCCGACUUGGCCGCUUUAGUUAGGGAAAGUUCAGUUUUAGCUCUGAAAAGAAACUUUUUUCAGAGCGAAGAAAUACAAUCCGUUCUUGAUAAUGAUUUAGACAAGGAAUUCGAAGACUUAUCAGUAGGCGUGUCUGGUGAAGAAAUUAUAGUGACCAUGUCUGACUUCCAAAAUGCACUAAGAAAAAUUAAACCUUCGGUGAGCGAUAAAGAUAGACUGAAGUACGAUAGGUUAAAUAAAAAGAUGGGUCUAACGGAAGAGAUGAAGGAUGCGGAGGAAGUAAAACAGUAG